AUGAAUAAAUUUCACAAUCGGAAGCGAGCUCGAAGAUCUGUUUUGUCUCUGAGAGCCGCGCUAGUGGCCCUGCAUCUGGUUUUUGCUGGGGUUUUAUUUUUGCUUGAUAGCGAUUUGAUUGAUAAGACCAAACAGGAGCCAUGGUACACUGCCACAUAUGUAUUCUUGUUCGUUGCUACUCUGAUUCAAUAUUUUAUUACAUCUGGGGCAUCUCCGGGUUUUGUAAUGGAUGCACAAAAGGAUGUUGACGAACGAGAUGCUUCUGCUAGAAGAUCAUUAUUGGCCUCGAAACAACCAGCUUCAAGCAAACGUGGCAGUGUUGUGAUCACUGUGGAUGGGAGGAACUAUCAAAGAGGGAAUGCAACUGCUUGGACAAAGCUAGUAAUGGAUUUAUACCCUCCUGGGACAUCUACUAGAAAUUUGACAUGCCCUUACUGCAAUGUCCUUCAGCCUCCACGAGCAAAACAUUGUCAUGAUUGUGAUAAGUGUGUACUCCAAUUUGACCAUCAUUGUGUUUGGCUUGGGACUUGCAUCGGCCAGGGUAAUCAUUGUCGAUUUUGGUGGUACAUAUUUGAGGAAUCAGCCUUGUGUCUUUGGACGAGCAUUUUGUACAUUGGGUACCUUAAGUCAAAUAUAUCAAAGGCAUGGUGGGCAGAUGUAAUAAUGAUCUUGCUUCUUGCUUCUUUGUCCAUUUCUCUAAUCUUUCUGCUACUGCUGCUCCUGUUCCAUAGCUACCUUGUUUUGACUAAUCAAACCACAUAUGAGCUUGUUAGGCGGCGGCGGAUUGUGUAUAUGAGGAGCAUUCCCGAAAGAGUGUACCCAUUCAAUAAAGGAGUAUGCAGGAAUUUGUACUUGUUCUGUUUUGCCCGAAGCAGUAUCCAUAGGAUGGAACCACUACCAUCAACUCAUGAGCUCGAGCAAAUGUCGAGGCCUUACACGUGCUCUGACGUGUUAUCUUGUCGAUGCUGCUGA